AGAAGUCAGUGUGCGCUGGAAGAAGGCGCUUAUUAAGAUGUCUGCUCCCAAAACCAUCCCGAAAGAUGCUCAGGUGAUGAUCCAGAUCCUGAAGGAUAUGGGCAUCACAGAGUACGAGCCCAGAGUCAUCAACCAGAUGUUGGAGUUCACCUACAGAUACGUGACGACCAUCAUCGAAGACGCCAAAAUUUACGCCACACACGCCAAGAAGUCGACGGUUGACGCCGACGACAUCAAGCUGGCGAUCCAGUGUCGGAUGGACCAAUCGUUCACCUCGCCGCCGCCCAGAGACUUCUUGCUGGAGGUGGCGAGGCAGAAGAACAUGACUCCUCUGCCUCUCAUUAAGCCGUACACCGGCCCUCGGCUUCCUCCAGACAGAUACUGUCUGACGGCUCCAAACUACAGACUGAAGACUGUUCAGAAGAAGGUCUCUUCUUCAGCCGGUAGGAUCACGGUUCCUCGUCUCAGCGUCGGCGCCGUUUCCAGCAGACCGAGCACGCCGACCCUCUGUACUCCCUCCGUCUCUAAAGUCGGGACUCCAGUGUCUCUGAGCGGUCAGAGGUUCACAGUUCAGAUCCCUCAGUCCCAGACGGCCUCCACCAAAACCACCACCCCGUCCACGCCGGCCGUGUCCAACGUGCUGAUCAACCCGUCUCUGAUUGGCUCAAAGAACAUCCUGAUCACCACCAACAUGGUUUCUCAGAGCGCCGCCGCCAGCGAGUCUCUGAAGAGGAAACACGAAGACGAAGACGACUACGACGCUUUAUGACGGCCGACACGUUUUUAAUCAUCAGUCUCUGAACAUUAUCAUAUUAGUGUUAUAUUUGUUUCUUGUUUUUUUUUUUUUUUUUUUAGGACAUUAACUUCCUGUCUCACCUGUUUGUUCACCAGUUAAACCAGUUAAACCAGUCUGGCUCUGAUUUACAAUAAAAUACAU